AUGGGAGAAGAAAACCAAACCUUUGUGACGGAAUUUAUCUUCCUGGGCCUGUCACAGGACUUGCAGACACAAAUCCUACUAUUUGUCCUUUUUCUCAUUGUGUAUCUGUUAACUGUGCUUGGAAACCUGCUCAUCAUCAUUCUCAUCCACAUGGAUUCUCGACUUCACACUCCCAUGUACUUUUUUCUGCGAUAUCUCUCUUUUGCGGAUCUCUGUUUCUCUACCAGUAUUGUCCCUCAAAUGCUGGUCCACCUUCUGGUAAAGAAAAAGACCAUCUCUUUUUGGGGGUGUAUGACACAAAUCAUUGUCUUUCUUCUGGUGGGGUGCACAGAGUGUGCACUGCUGGCAGUGAUGUCCUAUGACCGCUAUGUGGCUGUCUGCAAGCCCCUGCACUACUCCACCAUCAUGACCCAGCAAGUAUGUCUCAUGUUGGCUAUUGGGUCCUGGGCUAGUGGCGCUCUAGUGUCACUGGUGGAUACUACCUUUACUUUCUGUCUUCCCUAUCGGGGACAGAACAUAAUCAAUCACUAUUUUUGUGAACCUCCUGCCCUCCUGAAACUGGCUUCAGCAAAUACCUACAGCACAGAAAUGGCCAUCUUUGCCAUGGGUGUGGUGAUCCUCCUAGCUCCUGUAUCCCUCAUCCUUGUCUCCUACUGGAAUAUUAUCUCCACUGUGAUCCGGAUGCAGUCUGGAGAGGGAAGACUCAAGGCUUUCUCUACAUGUGGCUCUCACCUCAUUGUCGUUGUCCUUUUCUAUGGAUCAGGAAUAUUUACUUACAUGCGACCCAAUUCCAAGACCACAAAAGAGAGGGAUAAGAUGAUAUCUGUAUUCUAUACAGUGGUAACGCCAAUGUUGAAUCCCAUCAUUUAUAGCUUGCGGAACAAGGAUGUCAAAGGGGCUCUCAAAAAAUUAACUAAAACAAAGUCUUCUUCUCAGAGGCAAUAA